AUGAUUUUGUACUCCCACUCAAUAGGCGAGAACACCGCACCAUCGCUGGCCACGAGAGCCCAGUUGGCCGCACAGUUGGCCGCACAGACACAACGUGUCAAACACAUAGACCUCAACCCUAAACCCGACAACAAUUCAAACAAUAAUAGCAUUAUUUAUAGCAGUAAUAAAAACCGUAAGAAUAGUAACAAUAAUUGUAAGCCAGUGUCGGACGCAGUGAACCAGGAGUUAAGAGGAGCAGUGGGUCCCAUAAAACAGACACUUCCUGUCCCUACCAUCUCAACCACAACCACCACUGGUGUCAGCGCUGGUGGUGUGCGUGAAAUUAGUUCAAACGCCCAGCAAUUGUUAAGAGUGCCUAUUGUUGAGCGCAAAUAUUUGCCUCCAGUCAUACGGCAACCAUCGCCCGGUGCGGCACCGGUAGCUAAACCCAGGGAUGACCGCAAACAACAGCCACAGAAACAGACCAUUCCGUUGCCAUCGACGCAAACAUCGCCUAAACGGUCGGCGCCGCAGCAGUCGAUGCCAUUGAGUGGUAGGACGAGCGCACCGGUGGCUGCAGUGUCGCGAUCGCCACCGCAAGCGCAGGCCAGGGCUCACAAGUCAAGCCCAACCAAGAGUUUGACGGAUCAAAGCAAUCCAUCCGUCAAUGUUAGGCCCAUUAGGGCAUCGAUUGGCGAUCAAAAAGUCACAGAUAGGCAAACAUUAGUACCGUCGACAAGUGAUGAUAAUAGCGGUGGUAAUAGUGGUCUGUAUUUGAACUCUUGUGAAGGAAUUAAAUCCGCAAAAUCUAUGCCAGAGAUUGACGGAAACGACGACCAGUGCUCUCAAUACACCACUAGUGGUAAUAGUAAUCGACAAAUGAAUCCAUUCUUGUGCACCAUUUCCAUCACAAACGGAUCAAACAAUAAGAUUAUUAAUCAGACAAACAUCGAAACAAAUGUCUGCAACACUUUGACACCAUUCGAGUCGAUCGGUUCCAGCAAUUCUUCGUCCUCUCUCUACGAUUCCGGCGCUCAAUCGUCCACUGAUUCCCUUAACACGGAGUCCACUCUCAAGAAGUCUUUAAGUCAGAGCCCAAUCACUGUCUUCUAUUCUGAUCCAAAUGACAAGAUUGUAAUCAACGUAUCAUCUGAUGGCCCCUUCGAGUCCUUAGAGGAGCACAUCUACGAAGAGUUGGACAACGAAUCCAUUUAUGUGGACACCGAUAGCAGUCUGGAUAACGCAAAGUCCAUAUUUGACGGCGCGUCCAAAGACGAGAUCCUCGAGUUCCUCGAAGAUGCUAAGGAACGAGUGGGCGAAGACAUUCUGGUGGACGUGACUAACAUCGACGCCAACAUCGAGAUACUGGAAGCGAUUGAUGUGAUCGAAGACAUCGAAGAGAAUCCAAUUAUGAACACAAAACACAUGGAAACGAGUUUGUCGUCAAACCGACGAAAUCGUACCUCAAAUGUGAGCAAUUCGUCGACGGAAUCGACGGCAACCACUUCUUCGUCGAUCGACAUCGAGGACGACAUAAUGAAGUGUGCGAUCAGUAACUCUGUAUCCGUCGGACAACUGGUCGAACGCAACGACUCGGGUGUCGGCGCGGAGACCAGCAAACCCUCCCGUCUUAGGAAACUCAGUCUCAACGACGAGGUCGAGCAUCAAUGCGCCGACUGCGAAAUGCAUGUCGACCCCAAUGAGGACGACGUGUCGGGUCUUCUCCAUUACCCGCUGUUCUGUCAUCGAUGCGACAAAAAGAGGUCCGAACGCAAAGAGAUCAUCUCAGAGAUCGUCGACACGGAGUUUAAAUAUGGCCGCGACUUAAGGAUAAUACGCGAAGAGUUUUACCGUCCCAUCGAAAUAGCGGGUCUCCUAUCGAAGGAACAGUUGAGAGGAGUGUUUCUCAAUUUGGAUGAAUUAAUUCAAGUCAACUCUAAGUUCUCGGAGAAACUGCAGGACGCCAUCGAUAUCGCCACUGAACAGGGAGAUGAGGACUUCACGACAGUAAAUAUCGGCAAACUAUUCCGGGACUCGUCAUCGAUGUUACACUCGUUUGAAGUGUAUUGUGUGAGACAGGGAUCGGCAGCUCUUCUGCUCAAUCACUUGGAGAAGGAGAAGGAAUUGUUGCGAAUAUUUCUCAGAGUAUCCCAAAUGGAGAACACAUUAUUGAGACGAAUGAAUCUGAGGUCGUUUCUGGUGGUGCCGGUCCAGAGAGUCACUAAAUAUCCAUUACUACUGAACCGUCUCUACAAAGUGACGCCAUAUCAUCACAGAGAUAGGGAAGCGUUACGGGAAUCGCAACAGAAAGUGGAACUACAUCUCGAGCACAUCAACCAACAGACAAAGGGUACGAUCGGCGCCACUACCAGAAUAUGGCGGCGAAUCUCCAACUUAUCGACAUCUCAUCGACGACUCAACAGCGCUGACGAUAUCGGAAAUAUUAAACUCAGAAAGGCUGCGCUCGAGAUCUUGAAGUGGAAUCAAGAAGAAACUCAAUUCGUGAUAAUAGGGAAAGUAUUUUUCACGUCAAUAACCGAUUAUACGGUCAAUCGUAAGGCAAAGACCCUUAAGUUCCUAACGGCCAGCGCUCUAUUGGUGACACUCGGCCGACCCAAUCAGAACUAUCGGCCAGAUUUAGUCAACCGCUCCGACACCGAGAAGGAUAUGGUGUUCCCCAGGGAUAACACCGGUAUCACCGAUAGUGUACUCCUCUUGAUUAAGGAAAAGUUGGGUCGUUAUGCCCUCUGCAAGGAAAUAAUGAAUUUGAAGUCAAGUGUAGUCAGCUGUGAGAGUGAAAGCGACGAAAUGUUUGAAAUACACGAACAAACGACCAAAGAAUCGCUUCUGUUUAAGGGCGAGACGUUGUCGGAGACGAAGGAUUGGUUGAAACAAUUGAAGUAUCAUUCAAAGGAUCUUGGUAAUUGGCGCCGUAGACGCCACGCAUUGGCCAAUAUAAUGAUGGUUAGACAAUAGAUUAUAGUCACUGUGAUAUGUCAACCGCUGCUGUUGACAGUUAGACAUCCAUUUAUACAUUAUAUAUAAUAUAUUACAUUAAUUUAUAUAUCAAUAGGUCUUUAGAUCUAUAGUAUAAAUAAAUGCAUUUAAUUCUCUCUAUUCUUGAUAUAAAGCAUUUGAAUUUACA